AGAUUAGUUUCUCUGUGGUUAUAACAAACCUUCACGUGCUUCCUUUUACCUAACCUAGCUUACAGUUUUUUAAAUUCGUAUUCAAGUGAAAUAAAAUUGAAAUGGAAGUUGAUAAACCGGCGGAUACAAUUGACAUCAAUAAUCUUGAUGUCAAGAAGAGUACGAAAAGAAAACGCACCAAUCAAGAUGGUUCCCAAGUCGCAAGUCACAAUGGAAUUGAGGGAAAAAAAACAAGGGGUCCAAAAUCAAAAAAAUUGAAAUUGAUCCCGUAUUCCGAAUCUAAAGAGAAUGUGAGAAAGAUACCUGUCCCAGCUCAUAGAGUCACACCUUUGAAAAAUAAUUGGAUGAAGAUUUAUACACCAGUGACCGAAAAUUUGUUAUUGUUGAUGAGAUUUAACACAAAGACAAGGAACGUUGAACUUAAAACUAUUAAAGAAACAAAAGAUAUUGCAAAUUUACAGAAAGCUGCAGAUUUUGUUAAGGCAUUUCUAUAUGGUUUUGAAGUGGAAGAUGCUCUUGCCUUAAUACGUUUAGAUGAUUUAUUUGUGGAAACAUUUGAAAUAAAAGAUGUAAAAACAUUAGCAGGAGAUCAUAAAUCAAGAGCUAUUGGAAGAUUAGCUGGUAAAGAGGGAAGAACGAAAUUUUCUAUAGAAAAUGCAACAAAAACAAGAAUUGUGUUGGCAGAUAGUAGAAUUCACAUCUUAGGAAGUUUCCAGAAUAUUCAAUUUGCUAGGAAAUUUAUUUGUGACUUAAUCUUAGGAGCACAACCAAGCAAAGUUUUUGGACAAAUGAAAAAUGCGAGUUCACAUGUGUCAGCCAGGAUGUGAACACCAAUAAUUUGUACAUACAUAUAUAAAUAUAUUUAUUUUGCUGUUGGAAGAUUAAUGAUGGAUAAAUUAUAUAAAAACUAAAAUUUUA